GGUAAAUCCAUGCUCAUUUUGUUGAAAAUCAUCAUAGAGUUCUUAUAAGUAAAUACAUCCAUUCAAUUCUCCCAUCUCACAAGCAUUCUUCAACAUGUUUCCCAACAUUCUCCUUAUCACCACCAUUUCCUUCUUGGCCUUCUCUUUGGCUUCCUCGUCCCCUAGCAAAGGCUUAAUUGCACCUCUUAUCCCACCCACUUCUCCCCGUUCACCGUUUUAUAUCGAAAUACUCAAAGAAAACAACAUAUUAAUAACAAAAAAUGUCACUCUAAAUCGAACCCAUUACAUGAAGUGGCUCCUAACAAAAUAUUCACCAGACGAAUUUAGUGAGGUUUAUUUUCAAAAGGAUGCAGGUUAUCAUGUAAUGGACAUGUACAUGGGUGAUCCAGCACAACUAGUGUACGGUAUUUUCGACACAGGGAGCGAUAUUGUAUGGAUUCAAUGCACGCGACAAACAGGACAAAAGAAAUUUCCAUACUAUAAAUAUUCUAAGUCGGAUACUUAUAAAAAUGUCCAAUGUGAUGAUAAGCAGAAAUGCAACACAGACAAUACAUACAUCUUAGGUUGUAAAUCGUUACCUAACAAUUGUGAAUUUAAGGCCACAUAUGGGGAUGCUACUAGUGCUUUUGGUGUCAUGGCUACUGAUAUUAUCACAUUCAAACCAGAGUGGGAGAUCUUCCAUGAUUUUAUCUUUGGGUGCAGCUUAAAAAAUAGCAAUAGCAUGAUGGGCGUCAUAGGUGCAUCUAAUAGUGGCUACUCACUCCCAAAACAACUAUAUCCAAACGAUCCCAAGUUUUCAUAUUGUAUCUCCGACAACUUGUCCAAAACAAGCGUAGUCAAGUUCGGCCCAGCUGCAAACUUAAGUGGUGGUACCCUAGACAUGAUAAAGAACCUUCACACUGGCUUCUACUACCUUGACGUGCUCGCCGUUAAAGUCAACGGGCAAGAUAUCGACGUAAGACCAGUAGUGUUUGAGAUGUCUAACGACGGGUCAAAAGGUUUUGUGACAGACUCUGGUACCACCUUCUCAGGUUUAACCUCAGUAGCAUUUGAUGCAUUGAAGAGGAAAAUAGAGCAAUUUCUUGGUCCUUCAAAAAAAUACAUGAUUUUCGAGAUUUGUUAUCCUACCUCGAGAUUUGGACCAUGGCCUUGGCAACAUGCAAGACCAACCAUUGGGCUAGAGGUCACUAAUUUUACCUUAGAAUUCGAGGAGAUUAGAGUUUGGCAGUUAAUCCCAAAUUCUAAUAUGGAAUGUUUGCAAAUGAUGAGGGUUAUGUCAGGGUUAUCUAUACUUGGAUUUGAGCAGCUUUUAAAUGUUAAUGUUGGACAUGAUCCUAAUCAUAACCUCAUGUAUUUAGAAAAGACCACUUGUGAAACUACUUAGAAUCCUUUAAUGAUGUAUAAGAAGGUUUUUCAAUGGUUAUAAUAGAAAUGUAGCCAUUGUAGUUGUUUUUAGUUCCAAUCCUUUCAUUUUUCGAGACUAAUUAAUGUUAUCUAUUCGAUUGUUUGACUAUAACAUUUUCAAAAAGAUAACUUUCUCUUUUUGAAAUCAUAAUUAAGACAAUUGUCUUUUUUAAAAUUAUUGUAGACUUAUCUUAUCCAUUCGAGUUGUUUCCAAACCAAGUCCUCCAAUUUAACGUCGUUAAAAUCUUGUGAAGGAGUACUUUCUCUUAUAGCCUUGUCAUUAGCAUCUUGUACGUGUAUCUUUGGUGAUU